UUUUCUCCCUCCGCCUCCUUUCUCGCCGUUCGUUCCGUCUUUGUCCAACCCUGCCACUCGUUCCGUCCUGGUCCGACCCUCGCCGUUCGUUUCGUCUUUGUCCGACCCUCUCUGCUCGUUCCGUCCUCGUCCGACCCUCUCUGAUCGUUCCGUCCUCGUCCGACCCUCGCCACGCGCUGCAUCCUCUUCCGACCCGCGCCGCGCGGCAACCACCGGCCGAGGGUGGAUUCCCGAAAGCGCUCGCCCGAGAGGUGCACGCUCUCUGCCGGCCGAGCGAAGAGUGACCGCCCGCCGCCAGGGGGCAUGACGUGAGGAGCCCCGCUGCAGACUUCGGACAAGACCGAUCGCGGCCGCAAGAUGGGGAGAAGUUGCCGUUGGCUGCCGCUAAUGGCGCUGUUGGUCUUGGCGAACUUCAGGCCGACGUUGGCGCUUCCGGUCCCAGAUGAAGAGUUGGAGACCUCCACGAGGUUACUAGGCUCCAGCGUGGUCACGUCAGUGUCGGUGGUGACAGGAGGAGAUGACCGCCACCGAGAGGAAGUCAACCCUUCCGACAGCAGGAAGGCCCAGGAAUUGCCGGCCUCGCCGGCAGGACUCCUCAGGCCGGACAGAUUUCAAUUCUACAUGUACGACGACCGGGGUGACAUCGUCAAGAAGCAGAUGACCAGUCAACAGAUAAAAACCCUAAUUGCAGCCGGAGGUGGUCAAUUGCCAAUGGACAUCCACGAGCCGCAAAAAGCCGGCGAUGCUCCCAUGGGAGGAACCAACGUCGCCGACGUGGUGCAGAUCGUGCAGAACGUCCUGAAGGGCGAGUUGAACAAGCCGACCACGGUAAUGAGUUCCUUGCCGACGAUACCAGGUCAUUCCAACGACGAAUGGAGCAGCAUCUUGCCCGCCAUUUUGUCCGGCGACGCGGAUGCCGCUCCAGUGAGCACCUCCGAAACAAUGGGCGAACCUGAAAAGAGGCCACCAACGCUUGCUGAAACGUCGAGCGACGUUCCCACGGUCCAAGCGAACGAGGAGUCCUCCGCGACCACGACAUUACCGGAAUCGCACAUGGAAGUGGUCGUUUCCGCGUCAGGAAUCAGCGGUUCCCCCGCAAAAUUGCCCAGUAGUACAGGUAGCCCCAUCAAGGAGACGACCGAGGUCCUGAGAGAAACCCAAAGGCCGGGUGUGGUCACGGCCAGGCCGAGUCAAGAUCAGGAUCUGACCCAGGAGCAGAAAAAGAAACCAGCGAGCCCCGAAGCAGAAGGACCCGAGAGGCCAAUGGUUCCGGUGCCUGUUAUCGUGAAGGAUGAGACUCUCCCAACCAGGUACCCCUCCGGCAACGAGAACCCGGUGUUCCAAAUGCUGAACACGAUAUCCGCUGAAGCGUUGAAGGAUACCAACGCAUCCGAGACGAAGGCCACCACGGUUUUGCCCGUGACAAUGAGCGGGAUCAAGAAGCCGGCAGCUUCUGGAACGGAUUCGACGAAGGAAGCCGAAGGGACCGUUCCCAUCGGCACUCACGAUGCCGGAUUUGACACGGACGAAUCGAAGCGGCCUGUGGUUUUCGAGGCCGUUUCGGUCCCAACCACGACUGCCUCCAAUGAUGGCGAAAUCCUGUCGACCGUCAGCGUGGUUGCCGAAACGCAUUCAACCUCCAUGAAGGUUUCCGGUCAACCCGAAGUGCCCAUCUUUGAGUCGUCCGUACCUGUAAUGGCCGAUAGGGUGAAGCCUGCGUUCUCGAUGAGACCUGGUCACUUCCCUGGUCCAGCCGAUAAGGUGGCGCAGAACUUACCGGACACCACCACCGAUAAUUAUGUUCCAGUGUCCACGAUUGUCGAUUCCAAGUACACCUCCACGCCUAGUUCGGGGGCAGAGUUAGUAUUUGGUGAUAACAAGUUCUCAUCCCCAGCUGUAGAGUCAGCGAUGGCCACCAAAUUACCUUCCAUUCCUGAGACAACCACCACCAUAUAUCUCCAGAACGUGUCCAUGAACGGCAGCAUCUUGCCGGAAUCUGUGACCACGAUCGUGUCCGAUUUGAUUUCAAGAAACGCUACAAAGUCUCCAGAGGUUGCGACGACUCAUCAACCAGCUCCAAUUAUGGGCAAUACACCUGCAGGGUCGCUUCAGGAGCACGAAGACCCUGCGAAUAGGAUUGGAAUCCUUGGUACCACUCCUGCUAGUGUGCAGGAGUCCUCGUCGGAAACUAUGAUCCUCUCGACUGUGGGAGAUGAUCAGACAAAGUUCGUCAGCACUUCGGAGCCGGUGUUCCACAUGCUGCCCGAGAUUCGUCCAGGAGAUGAGAUCAAGUCCGAGACUACCGCGUUCCCUGAGACCAACUCCAUCGAGAAGAUCAUAGAGUCGCUUAAUCAUCCCGUUGAUACCGAAUCCAAUGCUAAUCAGAAUACUUCUCCGAUGUUAUCUGGCUUUGGAAACGGAAAUACGAUGGUGGGAUCUUUCGAUGACUUUGGUCCUACUCAAAUGGGCACGACUUUGGAAUCAUUGAAGCCAUCCACCGUGCCAACUCCUCUGGAUGCCGAAAGUGCAUCCGAAAACACUCCUAAGCCUUUUGAGCCUUUGCCGACCGAGCUGGCCGAUUCUCUGUCCAGCAUGAUCAGCCAAAUCUCGGAUGCUGUGCCCUCCAUCUUGCCAAUUUCCCAGGGCGAGACCGUUGCGACUCCUUCCAGGUUUGUCGAGGAUGUCAGGCUCGAAGCCACGACGAAAUUGCUCGCCGAGGAAACCACUGAAGCUGCGGAUGUGACCAUGAGAAUUGUCGAAGCGGCGCAAGAAAACACCGAAAAGCCUGAUAACAGCGAUGGACUCAACCGAAUAGAUCUAACUGGUCUGCUGAUGCCUCCCGAAAUGGAGAAGCACUCUGAGGUGCCCAAUCAGGAAAUUCCUGUGAAUACUACCGAAACCAAGGCUUCUACUGUUAUUCCUGAAAACGAGGACGGAAAAGUCACCGUUGAAGACUCACAGACGUCAGAAAAGGCUCCUGCGACGGAGGUCAACAUCACGGAAAGUGCUGCAGUGGAAGAUGGGAUGAGCCAACUUGACGAAUCCAAGCCUAAUCUGUUUGAGAGCGAAAGUACCGAUGUUCCCCAAUUUGAAACAACUUCUACGGCGACGCAAAUUUCGAAAUCCGAGUCGUCGAAGACGGAGAAUGUUGAGGGUUUCAAGACUUCCAGUCAGCCUCCCAGUUCUGUCACGGUUCCUACCUUGCAGGUUGCAACUGAUGCAAAUGUUGGCAAUACCAUAACAACGGAUAAUUCGUUGACGGAGAAGGUUUCUGAUUCGACUGUUUCAACCGAGGCUGUUACUGAGGAAUCGGUGAAGAAAAAUGUUUCGGAUGCUGGGGAGGACGAGAAUGUAGGAGAAGUUCCAGUGGUAAGGAUUGAUCUGGCAGGCUUCAAUCCUGAGAAGAUAUUAGAACAGGGAAUUAAUUCCCAAGCUACGGAUAGAAACGACAGUUCUCCUGUCAAUUUGUCCAAGAGACCAGUUGACAUAAUACAUCAAUUGUUGGAAAGUGCGCCGGUGCAGUCCAGCACUCCUUCCGUGGUUGCCCUGACUUUGCCUAAAGAGAUCAAUGGCAGCAACAUAGCUAGUGGUCUGAUUGCUGGAUUUACAACGAGCCCAACGCUUCGAAUCCAAGGAACAGAGGUGACGGAAAGCCAGAAAGUAGCCGAGGAAUUGUCAACGAUAGGUCCUGUUGAGUCAACGACAAUCUACAUUUCGGAUGCCGAGAGGUCUUCUACUCCUGAGGAGGAUACGAGUACGAAAGCAGUGACUGAGAAUUCAUUUUCCUUUAAUGACAUGAUCACCAAAAUGACGGAAAGUUCGAAAGAAGAGGUGAUCGACUCUUCUGCCGAACAAACGGAGCAAACCAAGGACCAAAACUCGGAUUCGAAGUUGGAAUUAUCUAAUCCAGUCUCUGAGCAAUCUAGUGGAGAACUUGAAGAGCAGACAUCUACGAUGAAAUCUGCUGCGGAAAGCGUCACUUCCACUGAAAGGAUAAAUUUCAGCACCAUGGAAAGUUUUUACAAUGGUGCAACUGAGAUAUAUUCGACUUCCGUUGCACCGGAGAUGACGACGAAGAAGGAUGAGUCAAAAAGUGAGGUGUCUUCGGUUUUGGAAGGUGUUUCCACGGUGACGCCAUUUGGGGCGCAGAACUCAGAAUCCACGACGAGCGACAUCCAACCGGAAGUUAUAGCGAUUCAGGAUGCUCCAAUCAAGGAUGCUCCAGAAUCGCAGUCACUUUCGAUCGAGAAGCCAGCCGAAAAAGGAGAAGCAAGCACGACAAAGGCAAUCGAAGACGCGACUGAAGCUGCUAUCACUCCGACUGAAGAAUCUUCCUUGAAGACCGAAACAAAUUCGUCCACCGAGAAAACGAACGAAGGAUCACCAUCCAUCCAGGUGGGUCAGAUGGAAACUGUAUCUAGUGAGGUCGAAGGUCAGACAGGAAGUCCAGCACCUUUGGACAAGGAAAUAAAGUCAGAGAUGAAGAAGCCAGAAACCGCAGUCGUCAGGAUCGACUUAACUCCUGAAGUUGUGAGUACGGAGUUACCACCGAUGAUCCAGCUAACUGACCUUCCGAUUAUCCAGACAGUUGCGGUGACCCAAAAGACUUCUGAAGUUCCAAUUAUUGCGAAAGAACCCGAGAGUAUCAAGAACGAGGCUCCUAAAGUAACCAUGCAGGUUUCUUCUUCGAAUGAAAAUGCACAAUCAGGCCCAACAACGCAGGAGUCCAGCAGACCUCUUCAAGGUACUCUGCAAAGCUACUCGCAAGAGUCUGCAGGACCUUCCGAAGUGGUAACAGAAAAAGUUACAAUUUCUAUGACAGAGACCACCCAAGGGAAUUUCGAUGAAGAAACGUCUGUCCAAAAAGGUGAUAAGGAUCAAUCCAGUGUACAAUUUCCUGAUUCGGAGUCGGGCACGACUGUGAGAUCACCCACAACCUUGAUGGAGCUUUUGAAACCUUCCCAGAUGGAUGACACAAAGGAUUCCGUUGCAGACUUGACCGCACCUACGACUGAGAAAUUGUCUACAGUUGAGAUCAUUCAUGAGACGGAUCAAGAGACGAGAAUACGAGUAAACGACACUGCAGUUUUGGUUACGAAGCAUCCGCUCUCAAAUGGGACGUCUCAGAAGUUGGAUGAAAGUUUAGUCCAAAAAGGGGAAUCUACGAUAUCUGGUGAUAAAGUGGAUUCAAUCAGUACGACCCCAGACGGUCUAAUAAGCUCAAUCGGAACCGAGGAGACUGCAUCCGAAUCCGCUUUAUCGCCAUCCAAAGACGCGACGACCCCGGUGACGCAAACAACUGAUGGCACCAAACCUGAAGCAACCAAUGUCCAAUCAAUCGAGCAGGUGGCCAACCAAAGCACCAACAAGGACGAUCCUUACAUAAAACUGGGUGAGAAAUCGGAGGAAAUGCCAACUCCCGCGCAUCUAUCCAACCAGAAGACCGAGAGACCAAGCUUGCCUCAUGAACAGUCAUCAGAAAAGGAGAAAAAGCCCGAUGAUAAGAAUGAUGACAAAGAAGAUAUCAAACCGGAUAACAUAGGAGGGAUAGUUGAUCUACCAACCACUGAGCUACCUGCGAAUAAAAAUCCAGCGCUGGAGAAAGACGGUACCACGUCUGAUAGUAGAAAACCCGUGAUAACGAGUAGCACAGAAGCUACCACAGUGCAGCAUGACGCUAACAAGUCCACGACAGAAAAAAUCGUUAUCCCCAGUAAACCCGGAGCUCCCUCGGCAAGUAAAGACAAGACUCCUAUAUCCAACACUUCUGCCGAGAAGCAGAAAGUCAAGCCCACAAAAACCCCACAAAAGACCCCAGGGAUGAACAUAAAGAAGACGGACUCGGAGACAGGAAUCGGUGCCGAGGACAAGUGGGCAUUGAUUCCCCAGAGGGUGACACCCCCCACGAAGCUGGCGAAGCCUCAGGAACCUCCCAUGGAGUCUGCCACAAAUGGUACCCAUAAGCGACCCCAGCAUCAGCCUUCAGUCUUUCUGGACACGUCCCAGACCGCAACUGGUCUAGAUGGAAGCACCAAGAACCUGGACCAGGACAUCGUCUAUUUCGUGGCCCUCUGCAACGAGCUUGCCUUCAAGUUCUGGACCUCGACGAAUAAGGGCCUCAGCACUGCCAGGUCCUUAGCUCUCUCACCUUUCGGCAUGACGAGCUUGCUGGCCAUGGUUUUCCUGGGAGCACGUGGUCCCACGUCCAACCAAAUGAACGACGUGCUGAAGCUGGACGAUGUGGCUACCUUUAAUCCUCACCUGGUCUUCCAAAAUGUCACCGACACCGUCAGCCUGGCCAGGAACCAGGGCAUCGCGAACGCCGCCUUCGUCAGGGAGCUUUUCGCUGAUAAAGUGAAGGUGCGGAAGCUCUUGCCGUUCUACAAGGAGCAGGCUCAACAAUUCUACGAGGGGAUCGUGGCGGAAGUCAACUUCGCUACCAUCAGCGAUAUCGUGAGGAGGAGGACGAAUCUGCUAGUCAGGAAGCAGACAGGGGGUCGUAUCAAGGAUUUCGUCAAGACCAACGCGAUUCCCUUGAGGUCGCCUCUGGCUGCUCUCUCGGCGAAUGUGUUCCAGACUGACUGCAACACCAGUGCAGCUAGCUCGGAAGGUCGAGAUGGGGAAUUGUAUUUUGCGGUUUCUCCUGCGGUUAGACAGAGGAAGCUGGUUCCGGUUCCAGCCACCGUUUGGAGAACGGGAGUCCUGGCUGGGUACGAGCCGGGUCUGGAUGCCACUACGGUCGCUCUGGGUGGUUUGGACAAGAUGGUGUCCACCAUUUUUGUCAUCCCUGGACAGCAGGGCCAUACAGCUCCAGGAGACAGUCUGGAGCGGUUGGAGGAGAGGCUCCUCCAGACUCCGUUUGGGCAGGGGUCCUGGAACAAGCUGCUCAAGGUGCUGGCCCCCAGGCCUGGCCUAGAACUGCAGAUUCCUAAGUUUAGCCAUAGAUCUGUGAUAAAUGCCACGGCUGCUCUGAAGAGGAUGGGCCUGGAGGAGCUGUUCUCCAAACACGCCGAUCUGAAGGGCAUCAAUGGUGUUGGACACAACUUCCACUUGGCCGACAUCCUGCAGUUGAACCUGUUCAGCACUUGCGGGGAGGAGAACAUCAUGAGCGGCAGACACCACGUGGAGGUUUACCCGGCGAGUCCUUUGAGAAACUCGAGAGAGAUGUUCGACUCGGACGACUGGUCCGACCCGACAGGGAACGUCGACUCGGAGAAUGGAAGCCAAUUUGCCACAAAUUCCCAGGUCUCCGAGGAAUCCGAGGAUUCCACGGAACCCGCGGACCCCGACAGGACGGCAAGGCAGAUGGACCAUCUUGAGAAGCCAAGGCUCAAGCUGGACCGACCAUUCCUCUACUUUGUGCGACACAACCCCACCGGUUUGAUCCUCCACAUGGGGCGGUUCAAUCCAAGACUACUGCCCUAAAUUUAGGCCAACUCGGUUCACAGAAGUCAUCUCCUCGGCCUCGCAUCGCAAGAGGGGACGAAGAACCGAGUUCCCCUCGGACCUUCGUCGGGAACUCGAGUGCACAAAAUCGGGACUCGUUGCUUCUAACUCUCCCUCGAGUCGAAAUGCCCAAAUCUGGACCAGCCAUCUUUCCACGUUUCGUCCGCUGCGAUCCUACUGCCUUCCGAGCCUGAAAUUACUUCGCCAUCGUUCCUUCGGUGGAUCCAUCUUGCACUACAAUUUCGUCAAAUCGCAGCAUGACCACAUUUCAGACCGCACUAAGUUCUAGUGUUCCUUCGUGAGACUCCAAAAUUCGGAAAUCACUGCAACAGAGACUUCAACUCUGUUCAGGAUUAAGAAGGGAACUUCCAACGUCGUAAUGCCGAAGAGGCUUCGGCGCGCUCCUCUUGUUGCUGGGGAUUUUUCCUUUAACUCUUUUCAACGUGCUGUUUAUAGCUCGAGAUGUUCGUAGGUAAUUGUGAUGUCAAGCUGGAGAACAAUUUUCCGAGCGACAUGUCGUACGGUAUGUACGUACAUCCUGAUGUGUCGUACUUGUGCGGACGUCAUGUCUGCAUCUCUUCAGGAACCGGCGAUGGUGGGCACGACCUGUCGGUUGCAGGGUGAUGAUUACGUGCAUGGUGCAUUUUCUAAAGCUUUAGUAAAGAUGAAAAUGCGCGUCACCAUAGCGUAUCUUCUAGGCGCGUCCUGCAGGUGCGGAUGCUGGACCGCGCUGGAUGAAAUUGGAGGAGGGAAGUGAACGAGGAUCACUAUGUAGGUGUAAGACACUCAAGAAAAGUCGGUUAUGGUACCAGUAACGUUAUUUAUUUACGGGCGCGUGGUUAGGACGACGAUCAUCUCUUUUCGUGUCCUGGCAGCGAUCUUAGUAAAGGGCUCGUCGAGUCUCUUUUCCCAGAUCUGAGCGAGUCCUUGAAGACCACCUUGAAGAAAGAUGGGUUUGCGAUACAUUAUAGAAGUGCAAUUGAGGAAUUAAUUUUUAAGGUCAUGAAUUAUGAGAGAAUCCAACGGUGUCACUUGACGUCGAUAAGGCGUGCUCAGGUCGAGGUCGCUUUUGUUGGGCACGGAAUCGAGGCGAAUCGAGUCUCCUCGGAUCACUCCGUUCUCCUAAUUUCACGCCCCCGCGUCCCCUUAAAAAGGAAAAUGAUCAAAAGUAAAUCUCGAUCAUCGUCCAAACGAUCUGCCGAGGAAUAUCUCACGUGAAAAUUCGGGAAGCUCGACCUGCAUUUGAGUUCCGGAAUUUUCAGCUCGCCGUGUCGCGAGGGCCGGUGUCCUGUAAUUCCUGUAAUCCUCACCGAAACGUCAAUUAUAUCAUCUAAUUAUCGUUCAAAACCUUGCCAAGUCUCUCGAGGCAUACUUACCGGAGAAGUUCACUUCUUUAUCUGCGUUAUCGCCCCAGUGAUAUUGGAUAACGCAUGCAAGGAUACGUAUAAUCGGGCAAUCGCGCUCGUCAUUUUGCACUUCGGGUUAUCGAUCAAAAAUGGCGAUUAUUACACAAAAGUGCGAAGUCGAUGAGCUAAUCGAUUGUUGGAAUUACCACGAGGAGGCUUGUCCUCGAUGUCACCGUAUUGAACAAUCGAUGCAUUCCUCUGUUUGGACCCUGAUUGAUAUUCGCACUCUCUUUACCAUUAACUCUUAACAAUUACAGCCCUUAAUUAAUAAACGAACUAUUAACCGCAAAGUAUUAACAAUUAUCGCUAACUAUCGUACAUAUAUAUAUAGCGCGUUAAGUGUGAAUGAUCCAAGUGAGUGCGUGUACAUAUGUGAACGACAACGAGGUGUAAUGUACUUUAACUUGAAAACCGCUCGCUGUCAUUUCCGUGUCUUGAAGAUAUUAAUUAACACAAAUUGUCCUUUUUAAUAAAACAUUAGAUUUCUUUCAGUUACGAGAAAAGACUGAGUCCCUCGGAUCACUUGCAUGCCUCGGAAUGGUACUUAAAUUAUUUGUUAAGGUAUUUUAUUAACCGAUUAAUUCCAAUUUUUCUUUAAUAAACGUUAAUCGAUGUCAGGAACAUAGCUUAAGGUAUUGUAAAGACUUCUGUGAAGGACACGAUUUUUGACACGUCUUUUACACCUCCAAAAUGGCGGUCUUCGAGACCUACGGAACGCACGGGACAAUUUUCAAAAAUAGGAGCGAGAAAUAAACAACUACUAGACUUCUGCAAUAUGUUAUGUACUAAGUUAUGUAAGAAGUGAUUAUUCGAAAAUAAAACAGUUAAAACUAAAGAGCGUUAUCUUUGGAACCAAAAUUCAUUGUAAGGCAACAUCUGUGACAACGCGUUUUUACGACACUUGUCGUGACGCAGAUUAUUCAAGGAAAAAAGAAUACCUUCUGAAACGAGGGAAUUUUUAUUAAACGUUACGUAAACUCUGGCUGUUAGAUGGGCGAAACGCGAAAAUGAAAUUACAUAGCAGUUUAAUGUUAGAGAUUUAUGGAUCGUAUUCUUAUUAAUCAUUAAUCGCGCCUCUGAUAAACGUUACGUUGGCCUGUCAAAUUAAAUAUGCUCGAGACGUUCCCUCAUUAAUUUUGAAUGUGCCGCGCAGCUGCAACAAUAUUUAAACGAUGUGUAUUACGAAUGUACCCAGCGUUACGGCUACUCGCGACAUGGUUUUAUGACCUAUAAUGUCCAGGAAAGUGAACAUCUAUCUAACCCGUGUUCAAAACUCGCUUCUAGCACUAAUAGAACGCUUUUAAAUAAAUUAAGUGUGAGCCUCGCCUAAAGCACAAUUUCAUCGGCGAGGUAGGUGCGAUAUACCGUCUUAUCGUACAGUUUUAAUCACGGUCUCUUAAAUGCCUCUACGCAAUAAAGACAAGGCGACGAGGAGUGUUCUUCCUGAAAAAAAUACAUACUAAUUAGUACGAAUUAGUUCUUACCGUUUGGCAGCGUUAUAAAAAUCAAUGUACGUCAUUCACAAGAAACGCGCCAUACAGGUCAAUUUUUGUUUACGCAUCAUAGUUAAUAAAGUCAAGGAAAUCACAAUUUAAGGCGUUCUUUGGGUUAUAUUUCAUGAAUUUUGAAACGAUUCACCAGUCUUCGGAGAUGUUAGGUGUCUUACGAGGUGCAAACACUUCGUAGGCAACUUCACUGAACGAACAAGGUCAGCGAACACCGCCGAUCGGUUUUAUCUGAAGAAGCGAGUA